GUCUUAACAGGAACGGCUAACAUGGGUCAGAGCUAAGGUUGAAUAGAAAUGGGGCGUGAUAAUCUUUUCAGGAAGGUUUGUCGGGUAACUUUGACAUGCCUUUUGGGGUUGAUCUGAUUUUGCAUUGAUAGGUGUGCAGUGGAUGCAUGUGAUAUUAUAUGUUCAGGGUAUUGUAGGUUUUUUGACAAUCACUGUAACUAACAGAAAACAACUAGGCUACUGCAUUCCAUCAACGAAACUUUUUGCAUAGCGCAAGAUGGCUGCAACAGGGGGUUCAAUUGAGAAAUGCUUCAAGGAAACCGCCACACACCUGAAAGUCAAAGAGUUCUAUGGUAAGGUUUUGAAGAAAACCACGGAUUUGAAGACCGAUGCCUGUGUGGCCUCCUCCGGGCCUGUCCCUGCCCACAUCCGCCAUGCUCUUAAUAUGGUGCACCCUGAAGUCAUUGCCAAGUACUAUGGCUGUGGCCUGGUGGUGCCAGAGUGCAUGGAGGCCUGCCAGGUACUUGACCUGGGCAGUGGGAGUGGGAGGGACUGCUACAUGCUGAGUAAGCUGGUGGGAGAGAAGGGCAAUGUCACCGGCAUUGACAUGACUGAGAAGCUGCUGGAGGUUGCCAGAACCUACACUGACUACCACACACAAGCGUUUGGCUAUAAAGCACCGAACAUCCGGUUUGUCCAGGGAUACCUCGAGGCCUUGAAUGAAGCUGGGAUUGAGGGAAGCGCAUAUGAUAUCUGCAUUUCCAAUGGUGCGGUGAAUCUGUGUCCAGACAAGAAGCCAGUUUUGCAGGAAGCUUACCGUGUUCUCAAGGAAGGUGGUGAGCUCUACUUCAGCGACGUCUACAGCAGUGGAAGAUUAACAGAGGAAAUAAGAAACAGCAAUGUUCUCUGGGGCGAGUGCCUCAGUGGAGCCCUCUGGUGGGAGGAUCUGAUGCAGCUGGCGGAGGAGGUGGGCUUCAGCCCUCCGCGCUUUGUCAGCGGAGCCGCCAUCAAAGUGUUCAACAAAGAGAUGCAGGACAUUCUGGGCGACUUCAAAUUCCUCUCAGCCACUUACCGCCUGUUCAAAGUUCCCCGGGGCGCUGGUAAACCCCGUGAGGUGGUGUACCAGGGCGGCAUCACUGGGAUGGAGGAGAGCUUUAGCUUGGACUCUCAGUACACCUUCAAGGUGAACGAGGUAGUGGAGGUGGACGGGGAUGUGGCUGAGAUCCUGACCCGUUCCAGGUUCUCUGAUAAGUUCACCAUGCUGCCGCCCGGGGGGCCGUCUCAAACCUGUGGUGCGAGCCCUAAAGCGGGCGCUGUGAAUCCAUUUGAGCUGAUCCAUCACAGGAGUGAUGUUCCAGGAUCCACCACAGGGGGGUGCUGUGGCACACAACCAACUGGGUGCUGCAACUAAAUUCAACUUAUUUUCCCCCAACAACCCAUGUAUCACUUGGGUGAUUCCACUUAAACAACCUAAUACAACCCAAUACAUUAACUGAACCAUCUGUAAGAUAAACUUAAACAUAUCAAACCUAACAAUGAAACAUAUCAAUCUCUAGAGAGAUAUGCAUGGUGUGUGUAAAUUGUUCCUGUUAUUUGUCUAUGGAUUCCAGUAGGAACUUGCAUCGCUGUUAGCAAAUAUUUUUUUGUAAUAUUAACUAUUUCAUGAAUAACAUAGUAUGUUCUGUGAGGGGCUUGCAGUUUAAUUGGAUGGAAGGAAUAUUAUAUCAUUAGAGGUCACUGUUUCGAUCAGUGUAUGCUCAAGGCAUCCUCCUUUUUACAACCAGGUCCCAAGGACAAAGGAUAACGACUCUGGUUUAAAGCCUACAAUCUCAAAUGUCCUUCCAUAACCAGAAAAGGAUCAAAUGACUAUCCAUAACCAGAAAAUAGUUUUUGGGCUAACUUUGAAAUGCCAUUGUGUUUACUACAAGGUCCCUGUUACUGCUGUGAUAAUUAAUUAUUAUUUACUAAUACGACUUUUUGUAUGCCUGAUGACCGAAAAUCCCAAGAGCAGAACAUUAGAAAGCAGUAACAAUUUGAAAACUAAAAGGACAUUUACCUUACAUUUAUUUGACUUUGGUGAUUGGAGGCUCGUAUGCAGGAUGCACAACCUCUCUGAUCUGAAUACACAGGAUUGUAGUGGAAGGCUUUAUUCUGAUGCAAAUUGUCAAAUAAAAGAAAGGACAGUCUUUAUGAUGA